AUGUCAGAUAAAAUCCCAAACACAGCAGCAUUCAUCACAAAUUCCAAAGAAGAUGGCCAAUUCGUCACAGUUGGUGAAGCACCAUACACCAACCCAUCAGAUGACCAACUAUUAAUCAAAUCCAUAGCGUAUGCAGUCAAUCCAACAGAUUGGAAACAUGUUGAAUAUGGAUUUUCACAAAAAGGUGCUAUUGCAGGUUGUGAUGUCAGUGGUGUAGUGGAAUUCGUUGGUGCUAAUGUCGAGGGUUUCAGUAAAGGUGAUUUUGUUUCAAGUUUCUUACAUGGUAAUACAAAACCAGAUCGUGGAGCUUUUGAAAAAUUUGUUGUUAUUGAUCCUCAAGUGACUAUUAAAUAUCCAAAGAAAUUUCCAGUUGAUGCCUUAAAAGUUGGUGAGUAUCCUGCUGGGGAGAUUAAAUCUUUUGAAGGUGCAGCUUCUGUUACUUUGGGGUUAGCCACUGUUGGGUUAUCAUUUGCUGGUAAUUUGAAGAUUUCUCCAUUGAAGAGUGGUAAUUCUGAUAAAUAUAUUUUAAUUUGGGGUGGGGCCACUGCAACUGGUAUUUUGGCUAUUCAAAUUGCUAAACAUAUUUAUGGAUUGAAUGUUGUCACCACUGCAUCUCCAAAGAAUCAUGAAUUUUUGAAAUCAAUUGGUGCUGAUCAUACAAUUAAUUAUCGUGAUGAAGAUGUUAUAACUCAAUUGAACAAAUUUGAUUUCUCAUAUGCUUUUGAUAUUGUUGCCUCAAAGGAGACUUUCCAACAAGUUAUUGAUGCAACCAAGAAUUCAAAACAUGUUAAAGUUGAUAAUUUAUUAUUCCUUGGAGAAAAAGAUGUUUCCAUUGGUGAUAGAUCGGGUGAAUUGGAAUUUGUUCCACCAACUUUGGCAUAUGCUGCCGUUGGUUAUAAAUUGGAUGCUUAUGGUCAUACAUGGGUAAUUGAUGAUGAUACAUCCAAGAGAUAUAAAGAAUUUUGGUUUGAAUUAUUACCAAAUUUCAUCAAUGAUUUAAAACAUGCCAAUUUGAAAGUUUUGAAACCAGGAUUUGAAAGUGCAAAUGAAGCUAUUGAUUUAUUAAAACAUGAUAAAGUUAGUGCUGAGAAAGUUGUCUUUAGAUCAUAG